AUGUGGAGCUUUGUGUUCCUCUCUCAGGUAACAUACAAGAACAAUAUCACCUCCGUCAUACUUGUGGGUUUUCCAAAUCUUCAAUACUUUAAUAUCCCCCUGUUCUUACUUCUGUUCAUCAUCUACUUUGUGACCAUCUCUGGAAACCUCCUAAUCAUGAUUUUAUUUCUACUGAGCAAACACCUUCAGACCCCUAUGUACUUCUUCAUUACACAGCUAUCAUUGUUUGACAUCAUGCUGACUACAGAUAUUCUCCCUAAUCUGCUGCACAUUGUGCUGUAUGACGGCUGCACUAUGUCACUUAUAGGAUGCAUCAUUCAGUUUAAUUUCUUUGCUACAUCAGAGUCUUCAGAAUGUCUUCUUCUGUCUGUGAUGUCCUAUGAUCGGUAUCUGGCCAUCUGUCACCCUUUGCACUAUAAUAAUAUAAUUAAUCACAGGUUUUGUGUGAAAUCUAUGACUAUAAUUUGGAUGACGAGUUUUAUAAUGAUAAUAAUUGAUUUGCAGUCUAUGUGCAGUUUGCAUUUCUGUGGACCAAAUGUUAUCGAACAUUUCUACUGUGACAUUGAACCCAUAUUGCAGCUUUCCUGCUCUGAUACCACCAUAAUUCAUAUUGAGACUUUGGUGAUGGCUAUUUUAGCAAUUAUGGGACCCUUCAUAAUCAUUGUGAUGUCAUAUGUGUACAUUGUGUUUACUGUUCUAAAGAUACCAUUGUUUACUGGAAGACAGAAAGCCUUCUCCACCUGCAGCUCUCACCUGAUUGUGGUUUCUAUAUUUUAUGGAACCCUAAUCAUUGUUUAUGUGUUUCCAACAAAGCACUUCUGGACAAUCAGCAAGGUCCUGGCUCUGUUUUACACUGUGAUAACUCCUUUACUAAAUCCUAUAAUAUAUACAUUCAGAAACAAAGAUUUUAAGAAAGCCUUUGAUAAAAUAAAACAUUUUAAUUUCUGCAAGAAAUGGAUAGAGGUUUCAACAGCCAUGCCAUCAAAGACAUCCGAUCCAGAUGCAUGUGACAACAAGGACUCUGCAUUAGUAGAUCUGGAAAUUGAGGGAGCAGAAUUGGUGCAUCCAACAACAUCCUCUGCAGAUCUAUAUACUAAUGCCUAG